GAGAUUUUCCGUGUGAAUCGUUCUCAAAAAAGGUCUUUGAUAGGUUUCUCACCGUAGAACUUUAUGUUUCAAUUAGUAAAAUGGCACAUACUAAGAAAUAACUGCAAUGUAUAAUGCAUUCAUAACUACUGCUCUUACACUUUUUCUCUUGUAUGGUGUUUUAUAGUCGCAGUGGCACCUUUAGACUGAAACAUUUCCUGUCCCAGUAAUAAACAUAAUGCGUACAGAAACACAACAGACUAAAUAUUUACCUGUGCCAGAUGUACAUACCUUACAGGACACGCUGGAGCCUUCUAGUUAGCUGAGUAACACAUUUGACGCUGUGGUAGAGCUGCUGACCAGCUAUUGUCACCAUGAAGUGUAAUGAUUAGUAUUGCUAAUGGGCCCAUAUGAAAAUGACACACUACAUGGUUUUCUGAACUGGCAAAGGUGAUGAAGGAAUGAUAUGUCACCAAAUCUCCAGCUUGUGAUAGACACAGAUGUAGGUCUCGAUGAUGCACUUGCUCUUAUGCUGUGCUUAGCAUCAGAGGCUUGGAAUGAAGCUAAAAUUCAUGGUGUAACAUGUGUACAUGGAAACACAUGCCUUGAAAAUGUGUGUAGCAACACACUGAAGGUGCUACAUGCUGCAGGCCGCUUAGAUAUUCCAGUUUUUCGGGGGGCAAGUGAAUCUUUGGUGGAGAGUCCAGAAAGUAGAGCGGAAAACUAUCAUGGCUGUGAUGGCUUUGGAGAUUUUCAAUAUCCUGAUGCCCCAGAUCCUGAUCAUCACAUUCAGAAAGAUCAUGCUGUUAGUUUCCUGACCAAAAUUACCUCAGAAAGACCAAAUGAAAUCAGUCUUCUUUGUCUUGGACCUCUUACAAACAUAGCUCUUGCAAUCCAUAUGGAUUCACACUUUUGUACCAAUGUUAAGGAAAUGGUAAUCAUGGGUGGCAACAUUGCUGGUAAAAAAACUAAACGAGUUGGGAAUGUCACAGCUGCAGCUGAAUUCAACUUCCACUGUGAUCCUGAGGCAGCACAUGUUGUUCUUAAGAGUAUGAAGUGCCCCAUAACAAUUUUUCCAUGGGAAACAGCACUUACAAGGACUAAUAUUUCAUUUACAUGGCGCAAUGAUGUUUUGGGAAAAAUUCAGAGCCCUCAGAUGCAGCUUUUGAAUCAGGCAGAAGCAAAAGUAAUAGCCAGAUACUAUAAGGAUGGUUGGGUGCAGUGUGAUCCGGCUGCCGCUGCUAUCCUCAUGAGGCCUUCCAUUGCCUCAUCAAAAGUAACACAUUAUGUGAUGGUAGAGUUACACGGACGGCAUACAAGAGGGGCAAUGGUUCUCGAUCAUAUCAAUUCACAAGGGAAAAAGCAUAAUGUGACUAUCAUAGAAAGCAUUGAUCUAAAUCUGUACAAGGAGCUACUUGUGACGGCUGCAAAAACUAACUUGAGCAGAAGUAAAAUACAAAAAGUACAGGGAGAAGAAACAUGAUUUUAUUUGUUACUUUUGUGUAUGUCAAUAUCAUACAAAAGAUUGUUAUGUAUCAGAAUUAAAUUUUGUAAUUUUGAAUUUCAUUAAAGUAGUUUAGCAUGUUUUCAUAUAUUGUCCAUUAAUAUUUAUUUUCAAAAGUUCGGCUUAUUAAUUUAUUAUUCAUUUCCCAUGACGUUAACUGAAUGUCUGUCUUAAUCCUAUUACUCCUGCUAUUUCAUUUAUAAAAAAAGAUUCAUUGUGUCAUUCUAUCAUCACUAGAUGAUAAAUUUAAUUCUGCACAAUGAAUCAGUAUAAUACUGAUAUGUUAUUGUUUGUAUUCAUGUUAAACAUAAUUAGUAUUAGCUCUGUUACAUUUCUCUAAUGCAAUAUGAUCAGAUCAGCAAAUAUAUAACUUUGUAUGUAACUAUGUUUCAUUCUGUUACAUUCUUGAUUUACUUCCUGCAAGAGACAAUAAAUACUUGUGAAUAAUGUCA